AUGGACCAGAAAAAUUGUACCCAGGUGACAGAAUUUGUCCUUGGGGGGCUCACUGAUCGUCAGGAGCUGAAGAUGCCCCUCUUUGUGGUGUUCUUAACCAUCUACCUUUGCACAGUGGUAGGCAACCUGGGUUUGAUUCUAGUCAUUAGAACAGAUGCAAGGCUCAACACACCCAUGUAUUUCUUCCUUAGCAACCUGGCUUUUGUGGAUUUCUGCUAUACAUCUGUCAUUACACCCAAAAUGCUUGGGAAUUUCUUGUACAAGCAAAAUGUCAUAUCCUUCCAUGCAUGUGCUGCCCAGCUAGGCUGUUUUCUGGCGUUCAUGACAGCCGAGUGCUUGUUGUUGGCUUCCAUGGCCUAUGACAGAUAUGUGGCCAUUUGUAAUCCUCUCCUGUACAUGAUAACAAUGUCUCCAGCAAUCUGCAUUCAGCUUGUGUCUGCCCCCUAUUGCUAUAGCUUCUUGGUUGCAGUAUUUCACGCCACCCUCACCUUCCGUCUGUGCUAUUGCCACUCCAAUGUCAUUAACCAUUUCUACUGUGAUGAUAUGCCCCUCCUCAGGCUAACUUGCUCAGACACUCACUCCAAACAGCUCUGGAUUUUUGCCUGUGCUGGUGUCAUGUUCAUUUCCUCCCUUCUGAUUGUGUUCGUCUCCUACAUGUACAUUAUUGCUGCCAUCCUCAGGAUGCGCUCUGCUGAGGGCAGGCGCAAGGCUUUCUCCACAUGUGGCUCCCACAUGCUGGCGGUGACCAUAUUCUAUGGAACUCUGAUCUUCAUGUACUUACAGCCCAGCUCCAACCAUUCCCUGGACACAGACAAGAUGGCGUCUGUCUUCUACACAGUGAUCAUUCCCAUGCUGAACCCCUUGAUCUACAGUCUUCGGAACAAGGAGGUCAAAGAAGCUCUGAGGAAAGUUUUCACCAAUAGGAACCAGACUUUGGUUUUCAUGAAAUUAAGAAAAUGA